CUAGAGGGGCAACAGCGCGCGGUGCUGAGAAAUCUCCUCACUCUCUCUCUCUCCCAUGCAUAGAAAUGCAGGAUUAACCCUGUGCGGAGAAGAUCCCUGUGCCAAAACUGCGUUGAUAGUCUACUUCUGAGGAAAGCGAAGGGGAAAACCCGAUUCCAUACGUUCUGCCAUGUACUGUUAACAUUUUUACAUUAUUUCCGUUAGAUUACGCUAUCAUUCCGUAACGAAUAACGAGCUGCACUGUCAAAAUUUGUGAGAACCUGUACUCUCCUAAAAUGACUGUUUGAGGAUUUAUGGACUGCACCGGGGGGAGUCGCUCGUAUUAGAACUGUCCUUGUGUUGAGAAACAACAGAAAAGACAUUUCAACACCCAUCAUCAGCCGUAAUUUCCAAUCCAUUAACACUUAAAUGAGUGCCGACGUUUUCAAACUGACGCGGAGUCGUGGGAAUGGCGUGGGAAAAUAACGCGUCCACUUAUGGAUUGGUUUCAAACGAAAGGAUGUUAUGUUUUCUUGAUGUCUGGAUUCUUUAAAGCAGGUGUUUAGGGGUCCUUGUAACCACGAAGGAAACAUCAGCAGUAGUUGAUCCUCAGACAAGAAGCCUCGGUCUCUGCAGGAAAAAGUCAUCGACGAAGACUGAGGUGUUACCUCUCCAAGGGCCCAUGGAUCUCCCUGUGGUGUUGUUUCUGCUGUGGGGACUGUUACUGGACUUGCUGAGUGGUGCGGUGGGUGGCAUUCUAUAUCGCGUGCAUGAGGAACAACCUCCGAGCACACUGAUUGGCAGUCUGGCGGCUGACCAGGGCCUUCCAGACACUGGACACCUGUACAAACUGGAGGUGGGCACUCCCUAUCUGCGGGUUGAUGGCAAAACUGGAGAUAUCUUUACAACUGAGAUCCCCAUAGACAGAGAGACACUGAAGGAUUGUCGUAAUAAGGGCAAGCCCUGCUUUCUGGAGUUUGAGGUGUCUGUCACAGACCUUAUUCAGAAUCAGAGUCCACGGCUGGUAGAGGGAAGGAUCGAAGUGCAGGAUAUCAAUGAUAACACACCACAGUUCCCCUCACCUGUCCUAACCCUCUCAGUUCCAGAGAACACCCACGUGGGGGCACUCUUCUCAAUUUCACUGGCCACUGACAAAGAUACGGAGAGAAAUGGAGUAGCUGACUACACCUUAACAGCAGGACCGGAGGCUGUAGCACUCUUUGGUCUGCAAGUUGCAGAGGACAGAGGUGAAAAAUUGCCUCAACUCAUUGUGUUGGGAAGCCUUGAUCGAGAACGGAAAGACUCCUACGAUCUCACCAUCAAAGCUGUGGAUGGAGGCAAUCCACCUCGUUACAGCAGUGCCUUGCUGAGGGUCGUCAUUGCUGAUGCCAACGACAAUGCACCCCAAUUUGAAAAAUCCUCCUACGAAGCAGAGGUCGCAGAGAAUAGCCCAGUUGGACAUUCUGUGUUACAGGUGAAGGCUAAUGAUUCGGACUUGGGUCCCAAUGGUGAGAUUGAAUACACAUUACAUCAGGCUGUUGAUCCAGUGCCAAAACUUCUCCGGAUAGACCGCUCAUCAGGCAUCAUAUAUGUCAAAGGCCCAUUGGAUUAUGAGGAGAUCAAUAAUUUGAAGUUUUAUGUCGUUGCACGAGACAAAGGCCCCUCGCCCAAAAGUUCUAAAACAUAUGUUUCUAUUGAUGUGACUGACCAAAAUGACAAUGCACCAGCAGUGGAAAUCCGAGGCAUUGGUCUUGUGACCCAUAGUGAUGGAGUAGCAAACAUUUCAGAGGAUAUGCCUGUAGGCACUGCAGUGGCAUUAGUCCAGGUUUCAGACAAGGACGAGGGAGAGAAUGCUGUGGUGACAUGUGUGGUUGCUGGUGAUGUUCCUUUCCAGCUUCGGCCAGCCAGUGAUUCAUCAGUUGACAACAAGAGGAAGUAUUUUCUGCAGACAACAACACCUCUGGACUAUGAAAGGGUUAGGGACUACCGGGUGGAGAUAGUGGCAGUGGAUUCAGGCAAUCCAGCUCUGUCCAGCACUAACUCGCUAAAGGUCCAAGUGACUGACACAAAUGACAAUUCCCCCAUUUUCUCACCGACUCUGUUUGAAGUGGAGUUUGCUGAGGAGAACCAGCCAGGAGAAAAGGUGGUAGAUGUAGUCGCCUCAGAUGCAGACAGUGGCACUAAUGCAGAGCUGGUCUACAGCAUUAUUGCAGACUCUUCAACAAGGGGACUUUUUGAGAUUGACCCUAACUCAGGUGAAAUACGUGCUCGGAGCCCUCUUGAUCGUGAGCACAAGGAGCGCUAUGAGUUCCGUGUUAAUGCAGCAGAUAAAGGCGUUCCCAGUCACAAGGGUACUGCCACAGUUGUAAUCAAAGUACUUGAUCGGAAUGACAAUGAUCCCAAGUUCAUGCUGAGUGGAUACAGCUUCUCAGUCUUGGAGAACAUGUCACCCCUUAGCCCUGUUGGCAUGGUAACAGUACAGGACAUGGACAAGGGUGAGAAUGCUCAAGUGCAACUUUCUGUGGAACCGGAUGUGGGCAAAUUUGUGAUCCAGAAUGGGACUGGCACUAUUCUGUCCAGUAUCUCAUUUGACAGAGAGAAGGAGAGCAGUUACACAUUCCGCUUGAAAGCUGUAGAUGGAGGGGAUCCACCAAAGUCAUCUUACGUUGGAGUGACCAUCAAUGUCCUCGAUGAGAAUGAUAAUGCCCCUGUUGUCACCAAACCAUCUAACUCAUCCUUCAUACGUCUGUCUCCUAUGGCUGCUCCAGACAGUGUUGUGGAAGUGGUCGAAGCUGAGGACAUUGAUUCUGGUUCCAAUGCUGAGCUAGUAUACAGCAUUGCUGGGGGAAAUCCACAUGACCUUUUUUAUAUCACUCCAUCUAAUGGUGAGAUCACAUUAACCAAGGAACUAACUCGAAAACAUAAUGGUCUGCAUCGACUGGUGGUAAAGGUGAGCGAUAGGGGCAAACCUUCCCACCACGCCAUUGCCUUGGUACACAUUUACGUAAAUGAAACCAUUGCCAACGUAAGUCAUGUGGAGGCACUUGUGGGGCAUAGCUUGUACACCCCACUAGACAUGGAUAUUGCAGGAGACCCAGAUUACGGUUUGGCUGCUCAAAGAAGCAACAUUGUAUAUGGCAGUUUAGCUGGAGUGGCGGGAGUGGUCACUGUGAUUGUUGUAGUAGUCUUCAUCAGGCAUCGCCUUCAAAGAGAAGCUAAGAGUGGUUAUCAGGCUGGCAAGAAGGAGACCAAAGAUUUGUAUGCCCCCAAGCAAGGGCCAAAAAGUGGCAAGGGGAGAAAGGGUAAAAAAGGUAAGCCACCAAAGUCACCUAAACCUCUUGGAGAGGAUGAGGAAGUCAGCCUUCAAAAGAGUCUGAAAUUUAACCUCGAUGGGGUCAACGACAGCCCCAGGAUUCAUUUGCCUCUGACUUAUCCGCCUGGAAGCCCUGACCUAGGCAGACACUACCGUUCCAAUUCCCCAUUGCCCUCCAUCCAGCUCCAGGCCCAGUCCCCAUCUGCCUCCCAAAAGCAUCAGGCUGUCCAGGAGCUCCCUGCUGCCAACACCUUUGUGGGAACAGGCGGUGAUGACAACUCCACCGGCUCAGACCAGUACUCGGAUUACAGCUACAAGACCACUCAACCAAAAUACAGCACAAAAACGCUCCCGCAUCGCAGAGUGACAUUCUCCACAGCCAAUCCUGUGCAAGAUCAGCAGGACUCCUCUCAGCAGAGUUACUAUGACAGUGGUCUGGAGGAGUCUGAGACCCCCAGCAGCAAGAGCUCUUCAGGACCACGUAUCGGCCCCCUCGCCCUGCCUGAGGACCACUAUGAACGGACCACCCCUGAUGGCAGCAUUGGAGAGAUGGAACACCCAGAAACCGAUAUUCGCUCACUACCUGAUGUUGCCAUGACGGGAAACUGCAGUCAGGAGUGCAGCGAGCUGGGUCACUCAGAUGCCUGUUGGAUGCCCGGUCAGCCUUCGCCCGUCCGCAAGACCCGCAAUCCCCCUAAACUGUCCACGUUUGUGCCUUAUCAGGAGAGGGGGAGCCUGGGACGCCUGGCUAAUGGGAGCGUGAGGCUGGGAGGAGAGGAGAACAGGCCACACCUCCCACCUUCCCGUAGUGCCUACUCCAGUAGUGACCACACCCCCAGUGACCACGCCCCACUGGAGGAGGUUCCUCUGAGAGUGACAUCAGAGUUCCCGCCUACCAGCCCCCCUUCCAAUCACACUUCGAAAAGAGAGAUAUACCUGUGAGAUAACCACACGCACCAUCUUUGAUUGAUGCACAUCAGAAAUUAGAGAGACACGGUUGCGAAAAGAGAACAUCGAAUUUGCGACAGGAUAUAAAUUGGAUAGUGGAAAAAUACGCUAUUGUCAUGAUGUCAGAGU